GAGCUCGGAGAUGAAAUCAAGGCUCCGUGAAUUGGUACCAGGACCAAUGUGCAGAAGAAGAAGGAAGGGUCAGGUCUCCAAGGAAGUGGAGCAGCGUGGACGCCUGACACUUGCUACCACCAGCAGCAGAUGACAAUUCAAGGAAUCUUAAAGUAUCAAAACGAAACGGAGCAGACAUGGCUGGAAAGUGCUUUCACUUGACGUGUAGAAUAGAAAGUGCCACUGCGGAAGCCCUCGGUACCUUGAGAAUGAGCGGACCGUGAUUAGGCUGCGGAGGAGGAGGAGGAGAAGGAGGAUGGGAGGAAGAAGGGGUGGGUGACAAGAGGGACGGAAUCUAGGACGACAGGGCUCUGGGAUUUGGGAUAUGAGCUCUGCUGGGCUCUGGCUUGUUUCUCGUCCGAGAUGCUCGUGAGCGUAACGCCACCAACGGAAAGGACAUGAGCGUGUUUGAACCCCGUGGGAUGAGUCGACGACGAUGAUGUGAAUUCGAAUUGUGCAGGAAAACCGUCGAGGAUAACAGACAAAAAAAGUCACAUUGUGCAGGAAAGUAUCAACAUGGGAUUGAUUUUGCAGAUGGAGCCCUGGCGCUUGCGAUGGGCGGUGACGAUUGCGGUGCUGCUGAUGGUGCAAUUGUGCUCGGAAUCCGAAGCGAUCGAGGUCAAAAUUCUGAAAUCGGGUCUCGAGAGUCAUGUCGUGGGAAGCGAGGCGAAGGUGAUGCGCCAGCGCGUGGACCACUACAAUGCUCAGGACCAUCGCACCUUCGGGCAGAGGUGGUAUGAGCACACAGACUAUUUCAAGGCGCCCGAUGGCCCCGUCUUCUUGCGAAUCUGCGGAGAGGCGGCUUGCUCGGGAAUCUCGAACGAUUACCUCAUGGUGCUGGCGCAAGAGUUCGGAGCCGCCGUGGUGACGCUGGAACAUCGCUACUACGGCGAGAGUCUCCCGUUCGACGACCUGUCCACGGAGAAUCUCAGAUUUCUGUCGUCCAAGCAAGCUCUGUUUGACCUAGCUGCGUUCCGCAACUACUACCAGGAGCUGCUGAACCAGCGCCACAACCGAACGGGGGACGACAAUCCGUGGAUCGUCAGCGGGAUUUCCUACUCCGGUGCAUUGAGCGCUUGGUUCCAAAUCAAGUUCCCGCAUCUCUCGCGAGGGGCCAUCUCGAGCUCGGGCGUCGUGCUCGCCGUGCUCAACUACACGGAUUUCGACAGGCAGGUGGCCGAGUCGGCAGGGCCCGUGUGUGCGAGUGCAUUGCGCCAAGUGACCGCCGAGGUCGAGGAAGCUGUGAAGAAGAACGCCACCGCAAUCAAGGAGCUCUUCUCCGCGGGGCAGCUGAAGAAUGACGGCGACUUCUUCUAUUUUCUGGCCGAUGCCGCUGCCAUCGCGUUCCAGUACGGGAACCCGGAUCGAUUGUGCAAGCCCCUGGAGGAAGUGUACACGAACAACGGAGACGUCGUCGCCGCCUACGCAGAAAUCGUGAAGUCGUUCUACAUCGACUACUUCGGGACGUCGGUCGACACAUACGAUCAAGAAUCGCUGAAGAACACAACUCCAGGUCCUCACUCCGGGGACCGCAUGUGGUGGUAUCAAGUGUGCUCGGAAGUGGCCUACUUCCAAGCAGCAUACGAAGGCAGCAUUCGCUCGUCUGAAGUCAGCGUCAAGUAUCACCUGGACCUGUGUGCAAAUGUGUUCGGAGCCGGCAUGUAUCCGGAGGUGGAAAUCACAAAUCUCUACUACGGAGGAACUGCCAUCUAUGGGUCCAAAAUUGUGUUCAUGAAUGGAUCUCAGGACCCUUGGCGAUGGGCCUCGAAGCAGACCUCGUCCCCCGGGGAACCCUCGUUUCUGAUCAAAUGUCAAAACUGCGGUCAUGGAACUGAUAUGCGAGGAUGCCCUCAAUCUCCCCUGCAGGCCAAGGGCGACGCGUCCAAAUGCGACAAUCCUCUGGAGGUUCUGAAAGCUCGAGAGCUCAUUUCCACGUUCAUCGGAGAGUGGUUGGCAGAGCCAGUCAAGUGUUUAGAACAGCUGUAGAUCUCGUUCUCUUGUUGUGGAGCACAAGGCCUGCCUCACCUUUCACAUCCUCAUUAGGUCGUCACGCCACCGACCCGUCGUGGCAGUGCUGUAUAUUCUUAGUUCGAACCUGAUUUCUCCUCGAGUGCUCCACAACUUCUCUCUUUUCUAGUACCAUAGUCCACUGUUGUUGUUUACAGGCUUGAAAAGUCAGGCGAGCACUACAGGCCUCGAUGUACAUUGUUCCUGGGGAGGCUCGAACUGCUUG